AUUGUUACCUCUCUAACUCAAACCCUAUAAAACCAGCUAGCAGCAUCUUCCGGUCUUUUAUUCUGCUCUCGAACAAGCUGAAUGAUGCAUCACUCACUAAUAGCAAUACUUUCAUGCCUUGGAAUUAUUUUAUUGGUCACUGCUUGGGAAGGUGAGUUUAUAUAUUCAUGACUGCGAUUUGGGUUUAGGGUUCGGGGCUACUCACACUCAAGAUGCGGUGUUGCCUCUUUUUUAAUAUUUUGAUAAUGACAAUAAAUUCAUCAAGUGAAUAUGUAAUACAUUGAAUAUAAAUUAAGCUAAUUUAGUUAAUGAAGAAUCCUGGUAUGUAAUUUUACCUUGAGGUCCUCACAGGGUUAUCGUCAGAAUUUCAAAGUGAAUUCAAAGUUGUAGGACAAAAUAGACAAAAAGAACACACUUUAUCUAGUGUAACCUACAAUUUUAAAUUCAGUUUGAUUUCCUAUCUAAUAACCCAAAUCUGUGUAUUAUAUAAUCUAUCAAAUUUUUUAAAUUUUCUUGGAAAUAUAUUAUUUUAGCUAUUUAAUGGCAUAAAAAAUGUUAGACAACUUAAUAAAUUUGAAAUAGUAGAAAACUUUGUAUAUGUAUAAACAAAAUUCAUAAUGACUAUUACACCUUGGUCUGCCUGUUAGAGGAUUGGACAACAAAAUUUUCAAGGCAAAUAUGUUUCAUUAGGCAAUUUUUAAAUCUGGAAACAUUGAAUAAUAUGGCAUGAAAGGGACACUCUAGCCAUCAUAAUAACUUCCUCUAAAGGAAGUUGUUAUGGUGCCAGGAGCCCCCCGGGCACACUCUUACCAUAAGGGGUUAAAUUCUUCUUGAACGGUUUAACCCCAAAGUUUUCCUCCACCACCAAACUGCAGAUCAGCCAGGCGGUAUCUGGCUUUUGAAUCUUAGGUACAGAAAGCAUGGAGUGCCGCCAGGUAAGACUGCGCUCAGGGUUCUCCUGGCACAAUAACACAUUGAUUUAGAUUAAGUUGUUCUGGUGAUCAGAGUGUUCCUUUAAUAAAAUAGGGUAGGCUCUAUAACAGAAUAGCUCAACUGGGGCACAAAGAACCACUUAGAACCAGAGUACUGGCUGAUGUUUUUGUUACAUACAGGGAUAGGCGUAUUAAACUCAAAAAAGGUUCUAAAUGUUACUAUUAGAACUGUGUACAGAAACAGAAAGGGAAACUUACAAAAGGAAGGAACUUACAGAAAUCAGGAAAAACCCAAAGCUAAAAAAAAAAUCUGUGUCAGGAAGAAAAGUAACUGGUGACUUAACAAAUACUGGCCUGUUCCCCUGUAUAAAAUACAUUUAAAGCAACACUCCAAUUAAUGUUUAGGCACUGUAAAACCUUCAGGGGUUAAACUGUUUUCCAAUGAUUUACCCCUGAUGUUGGUUCCCCAGAGCCUCCUGUGGUAUUAAAAUAACAUUAAUAAUAAAAUAUAAUCACUCUGGUCCGUCUUCUUGAACAAUUAUUUAUUCAGAGACAGACACCAGGCAGCAUGCAAGUAAAUUGUAAACAAACUAACUCACUUCCUUCUUCCCUUGUACCGUUAUAUGUGGAAUUUCGUCAGACAGGGUGAUAGUUUGAGAGCGUUAAAGGAAGCACUCAGCCUAUCACUGCACAUCCAUUGAGAGAAACACUAAGUACUAUUUCUUUCAAAGGGUGACCAGGAUAGGCUGAGAGCACUAGCUGAUGGGCCACCCUCCAAACCUCUACCAUACUUUGGGGUAAAACGUUGGAAAGUGGUUUGUAAGUAAGACGUUACCUAGACACUCCUGUGAUAUAGUUCACUACCUAGAUGAUCUUCCAUUGAGACUUCAUUUAAGAGAAAAAACUCAGGCUUUAAUGAAGCCAAUGAGGUCCACACUUAUUAUGUAAUAUAUUUUUCACAACUGCCUUCUAUUCUUAGAUAGAAAUACAAAUAAAUAGUUAAAUGAGCCAGCUGGUCUGUUUCAUACACUGAUAGCCUCAAAAGAUCAUCGACUUGGGGUUCGUCCAUAGUUUAUAGAAAGCAAGUGUGGAUUUUAUCAACAACCAAUUUCAUGGGUGUUUCCAAUGGUGUAAAAUGAUCAAUUUCUUAACUGGAAUGUAAUACACCAGGGUUAUUUAUUAUAGUGACAAUUCAAACUAAAUUCAAAGUGAAUUUCAAAUUUAAGUUCAAAAUAAAUGAACUGGAAAAAUGAUCCAUAUGGGCUACUCUGACUUUUAAUUUGAAAUUCUCUUUGAAUUCACUUUAAACCCCCACUUCAGUGUAUAACCCUGUAGGUGCAUGCUUUUUAGAAAAUGGAUGUGGAUUUACUCACCAUACACGAUAUUAAAGGGUUACACUAGAUCCCCGACCUGGGCUCCGUACCUUUAUUAUUAAUACAAUGGCCACUAGGACACUAGGUCCUACCCCACUAAAAUCAGUGUGGACCCCAUGUGAUGGGUAUUUUCUAGCAGGGGUUCUGUUGACCCCCAUAUGAUAUAGGAUAUUGAAUCCCUUGGAUUAUAGCAGCUAGCUAGCAAGCGCUGACCAACCACCGUAUAAUUAACCGUCGUGUCACCAAUGUUUUUUUUUAACUAUUUGAACUAUUUGCUUGCUGGCUGCUAGCACUGCCUGCAGAAAAAUAGUUCACGUUUAAAAAAAAAAAUAAUAAUAAUUUGGUCCGGAUUUUAGUCAUCUGGUGAUGUUUGGUCCAGUUGAAAUUUGGACCAACUUCAGGCAGUUUAUGUCUCGAAUAACAAAUUACAAAAUCCGGGUAUUGUUGAAUUCCAUCAACAAUGAUUUUGCAGUCCAAUCGGCCCCAUACAGCAGUGAAUGGUUUUGCGUCAUUCGGUACGAGUUCAUUUGGAUUUUAGUGAAUAACCCUGUUAAUCUUCAUUAGAAAUUUGCACUUUUAUAAAUUAAUCUAGCUUCAUCCCCAGCUGUAAAUCUGACAAAGGUGUCCUAUUACUUCCUGGUUUGGUUAGCUCAGUGGAGCUAAACUCAAUUGUCCAAAGCAUCUGCCUUGCAAAGCCUUCUCACUGAGCUGCAUCAGGAAUUCUUUUUAGAUAUACCCUAACAUAAAAACGACAUAAUUAAAUGCAUGCAUGUUUUCAUUGGAGCUGUACCUACUAAUCAGUGAUUUUAUUUUUUAUUGUUUUUUUUAAUUUGGGCAGUGAGGUAGCCUUUUAAUGUAAGUGCCUUUGGACAUUUGAAGUAAUAAAAAAAUUUUUCACAGAAGUAUUCAUGAAAACAAAGUACUGGUAGUUUUUUGUUUUUUUUUAAAGACUAUUUGUGAUAAGAAUUAAAAAUAAGACAUUAUCUUUAAUUCUGUCUAAUGAACAUAUGUGCAUUUAUCUAUCUAUCUAUCUAUCUGUCUGUCUGUCUGUCUGUCUGUCUAUCUAUCUGUCUGUCUGUCUGUCUGUCUGUCUGUCUGUCUAUCUAUCUAUCUAUCUAUCUAUCUAUCUAUCUAUCUAUCUAUCCACAUGUGUAGGUUGGAGGGAUUCAAUUUGCAGUUAAAAACCUAAAUAUAGUUUGAGGUGUCAUUUCAUUCUCUAGUUCAAUCUUCCAUAUGACAUGAUUUAUUAGUUGUCACAGUAAAUAAAAACCAAAGUCAUUUCUAAAGUUCCUGCACACUCCGCACACAAGGUGUGGUUACACGCUACUGUUUAAUUUAUACAGAGAGAGAGAGAGUUAAAGUUCCAUUCUUAGGUUAUGUUACACCCACCUAAUUUACUCAGCUAAAUGAAAUCUCUGCACACCAGAUUCUACCCAGAAACUCUACACUUAAAAUCUUUUUUUUGUUUUUAUUAUUAUGGCAUCAGCUAAAAAGCAAAAAAAGAUUGCUCCAUAUUCUAAAGAGUCCAAAAUUCCCCAAAUCAAUGCACUAAAUUUCCGAGGAGAGAGGUUCUCCCCUAGGGGUAAUUAAUGAUUUAAAAAGAUACGCCAAACACUAAAACUAGUGCAGCCUGAUGUAGUGGUUAUGGAUCCUGUAAUGGAUUGUCAUGGGCAACUUACCUGAGCCCUGUCUGGUGCCCUCACAACAACUAUCUUUUACAGCAGGAGACGUCAGAUUGCUCUAUAGAGCAAAGAAAGGCCAUGGGGAACUGUGCACCAUGGCUGAGAGUGUCAGCUGACUGUUUUCAGCAGAUGAGCAUGGUCUGGUAUUAGCUGGGCUUUGCUUCACAAACACAUUUGGAUUCUCUAGCUGGAGAUGACCGGCUACGGCGCAGGUGUUAGGAGGAACCCAGGUAAAUUAGUUAUGGUGUUUGGAGUUUUUAGCCCAAAACCACAUCUGUAGAGAUCUGCUAAAUAGUUUAUAGUUUCUUCUGUGUGACUAGACUAGAUACUGUAAGUAGCGAGAAGCAUUAUCAAUAGUUUCCAAAACUAUAGACAAUUUGGAAAUGAAUAUAAAACACAUGUAAAGUGGGCUUUGCAUCUUUUAGAUUGGAGCUAAAAUACUACAAAUAUUCAGUGGUACCCGUGUAAAUUCCAGUUUGUUAAAGAGCUAGUUCCCUUCUCUCAUAUACUAACCUUUAUAAAAUCAUGCUCCCCCAAUCCUUGCUUAUUUAAUUUCCUUUGUAGCACUUUCAAUGUACAAUAUUCUUUUAUCUCAACAAUCUUCAGCUAACCUCUUCUUUCAUGAUGCACCCCAGUUCCUUUCUAUUCUCUUCUUGGCCUCAUAAUUCUAUAGCAAAGUCUAAAUGACCCGCUGUAUCAUCACUUUUCACAAAUUCCUGGAAAGUACUUAUUCACAAACAUCUUUCUUGACCCUCCCAAGUUCAACCCUUACCUGAGUUCAUCUGACCCUCUUCUCUGCUAGUUGUAUUCAGUUUAUCUUAGUUGACCUUAUAAUGUCCUCUCAUUAUUAUCUUCUCCCAGUCAAUGUCCAGCUGUCUCUCUUCUCACUAGUCUCAUUUAGUGCAUAUAAUCUCAACUCAUAAAAUCUCCUCAGUAUGUAUUCUCUCCACCAAUGUCCUUCUGGUUGUCUUCUCCAUACUGCUAGUCCGUCCAUGUCAUCUAACUUCAUGCUUCCUUUCAAUAUUCUCUUCUUUGCACCAAUGUACCCAUCAUCAUGACUAGUUCUUCAUCUAGAUUCCAAAAUCAUUCUUGUAGUAUCAAAUUCUAAAAUGUAACCUGCUUUUUUGAAAACCCCAUAAUCAAUGUGCUCCAUAAAUGCUGUUUUUCUACUGACAUAUGCAGUAUGUCUAUAUGGUGCUCACAAAAUACUUUGUAUAUACAUUGUAUAAAUUACCCGGAGGAAACCUUGUUAACCAAAUAUUUGUGAAUGGCAGGUCCAUUGCAAUUCAUUUUCAGCUAUGAACUUAGAGAUAUGAGGUUACUCUUAGCAAAAGGAACAAUUAAAAUCAAGUGGAACUUGUUGAGAUAAAGUGACAUGCUAGUAAGCCAGUCCUCUCCAGUGUUCCACAUCUGAUGAAUCAGAAUUUCAGAAUUAGGGGCUAUAAAUAUUACAGGGCAUCUUACUACCUAUCCCGCCCUCUCCCCCCCACUUCCUCCUUUAGCACUUGAAAGGUUAAUCAUAUUUUAUAUUUUCCAUAUAAUCAUAUAUUAAAUUUGUACAUUUUGACAAAGCCACAACUUUGCUUUAAUUCGUGUGUAGGCUGAAACCUUCAGCAAUAUGUGGUCUGUGCAACUUUAGCAAAGCUAUGGAGAGCCCACCUUGUCAAAUCCACGACGUAUCUGAAGAAGGAGGGAACACGUAGUCCUCGCACACACAAUUAUGAAAUGAAUACUAAAAACCACUCAAAUGUCAAAAAGACUUAAACUGUAGGUCUGGGUCUAGCCACAUUUUUACUCAAAAAUAGUUCUUUACAUCUAGUUGUGGUUAGUAUAUACCUCCAAUGUUGCUUGCUGCACCCUGGGCUGUUACAGUGUGAAACCUGUAGGAGAAAGUGCAACAUGCACACAGUUUAUAUACACAUUUAUGGUAUUUUUUACUAAAUGUCAGGAUUUCACUUAACAAUAAUAUGAGAUUCAUCAAAUCACAUCACUUUUAACUAGAAUAAUAAUUAAUGAAUUACGAUCAACAUUUUCCUUCUCUGGAAACUCACCAUAAACAUAUGGCACACCGUCACCAGACACAAAACUCUCAAGAAAGAUAAAAUAUGUGAGGUUAUUAUAGAGAAGGGUGAUGACCAUGGACACUAACAUAAUACACUUACAAAUCGACCUACUAUUUUUUUUUUUUGCUCCAGAAUUCUCCAGAAUGCCACUGUGCAUCAUACAGUUGGGAUGGAGGGAUCUGGCCUUUCAUGUUCUAUCUAUCUAUCUAUCUAUCUAUCUAUCUAUCUAUCUAUCUAUCUAUCUAUCUAUCUAUCUAUAUAUCUGUCUGUCUGUCUAUCUAUCUAUCUAUCUAUCUAUCUAUCUAUCUAUCUAUCUAUCUAUCUGCCUGUCUAUUUAUCUGCCUGUCUAUCUAUCUAUCUGUCUGUCUAUCUAUCUAUCUAUCUAUCUACAUACCUGUCUGUCUGUCUGUCUAUCUAUCUAUCUAUCUAUCUGUCUGUCUGUCUGUCUGUCUUUCUGUCUAUCUAUCUGUCUGUCUUUCUGUCUAUCUAUCUAUCUAUCUAUCUAUCUAUCUAUCUAUAUAUAUAUAUCUGUCUAUCUGUCUAUCUAUCUAUCUAUCUAUAUAUCUAUCUAUCUGUCUGUCUAUCUAUCUUUCUAUCUAUCUGUCUGUCUGUCUGUCUAUCUAUCUGUCUGUAUAUCUAUCUAUCUAUCUAUCUAUCUAUCUAUCUAUCUAUCUAUCAUGCUUGAUACACUGUUUGGCAAAACUGACUCUCAAGGUCAUUAAUCUACCCUCGAUUGAUUAGAAAAUAUUAAAAUUUUAGAGCUGCAUUAUUACUUGUGAAAAAUGUAUGCUUUGUGAAUGAAAAGUAGGAGAAAGGAUAUUUAAGUUUACAUUAUUUUUAUUAUUUUUAUUUCAGUAUCAGCAUAUCGUGGUCAACUUCUUGAAUCCAAACAGUGUACAAAAGUAAAACCAGCACGAAGAUUACCUGACAAACAGAUAAAGGAAUACUUCAGGCAAAUCACUCCAAUUAAAGCAAUCUUGUAAGUAUGAAUAUGAAAUUUAUGAAUUUAUGAAUUCGAAAAAAAUACCUGUGCUUGUGCUUAAAAUAUAUACUACAAUAUAUAAAAACUGAAUCCGUAAAGUGAUAGAAAGUAUAAAAAUAUAUAAAACAAAGUCCAUGCGACAGUAGAGAUAAAAUGUUAAAAUGUCCAAUAAAAUAUAUAAUAACGUCUCACUAGUAUAUGGAUAAGUGUGAGUACAGUCCUCAAGAGUUGAUCCGUCCGAGUUGUAGAUAGUCCAUAUAUGUGAAGAUAAAAGCACAAUAAAAUUCCAAUGGUGUAGUAUGUACUUAAAAGAUACGUGAAAUAAAAAAUGGAGGAUAGUACACUCACAUUUGAUGGAGCUUUGGACCAGCUCUAGGAUAAGGGGCACUUAGCGGUAUAAUCCCUUGAGGAUAAGUGGUAGCAGUAGAUCAAUCCGUCCAACUUGGUGUCCGUAGUGGUCCGUAGAAUAUAUGGAGACAAUAAUAGUGCUCUCAGUAUGAAAGGGUAAAAAGGAUAAAAUAAUACAAAUAUACUCACAAUGAUAGAGCAGAAAAUACUGCUCUAUAGAUGCAGCUCUGGUGGACUAAUCCCCACAUUGGAUUGCUUGAGCAGGAUACGGUAGAAUGCCAGGAAAAUUAAGAAAUUUAAAGAAAGUGUAUAUACAAUAAAAUAGGAUUGGCCCUAUAAAAAGGAAUACCAGAUAAAAAAAUUUAUAAUUAAAAAUACACAGUAUAAAACCAUUUAACGCAUUUCACCUCAGGGGCUUUUUCAAAAAUGGCAAGAGAAAUCAUUUUAUCUCUACUAUCGCAUGGACUUUGUUUUAUAUAUUUUUAUACUUUCUAUCACUGUACGGAUUCAGUUUUUAUAUAUUGUAAGUUAUUCAUUUUAUAGCGCAGCCCUUUACCCCCUUUUUUUCUCUUCUCUGUUGUCACCAAGGGUUUUUGAGGGAUUCCCUUGUUAGGGUUGCUGCUUCCAUUUACUGUUACUUAGCGCAGACUCCUUCUCUCCUCUUUCUUCCUUUAAAAUAUAUACAACCAGACUAGAAAACGAUGGAAACGUCAAGAAACUGCAUGACAAAUAGACGUAUAACAAUACACUUUUUAUUAAUUCCAGAAACUUUUUGAAACUUUACGAUUAAGAUAUGUCCACUGUUCUAAAACAUUAGAGAACAGUCUAAGCACCAAAACAAUUUCAUCUUAAAGAACAUUAUGGUAUUAGGAAUAUAAUGGUGCAAUAGAUAAGGAGAAGAGACAGCGCUGGUUAACCAACAGGCAGCAAUCCUUAAAAAUGGAAUCCCUAAAAAAACCCUUAUAGAACAAGACAAAUAAAAAAUUAAAAAAUCAAGGGCUGCGCCACAAUAAAUAGUGAAUAAAUAAACAAUGUCCAAUUCCAAUAAUGAAAGCAAAUAUAAGAGAAAGUCCAACCUAAGUAUUCUCACUGUCGUCUUAAAGUGCUGAGUACAGGGCCAAGAUCUUCAGAUGUUUAUAUGGUUCCACUUAUAUGAAAGAUAAAAAAAGAGGAACAACCAAUAGUGCAAUAUGUAUAGCGCAAAUAAAAAUGCAGAUUAAAAUAAUGGUAGAGAACUCACAUUUAUAAGAGCUUAUCUCCAGCUCUAGGGUAAAGCGUGUACAGUGGUAUAAUCCCCGCUUAUGGGAUAUGUAGUGAGUACCUCUCCAUCACUGGUGUCCAAUACUCAGAAAAGAGAAGAUAAAAGAGACAACCAAUAGUGCUCUCUGUUUAACGGUCUCACUGGAAAUUAAUUUAAAAUGGUACUUACAAGUGAAGAGCAGACCGACUGCUCUAUGGUGUCAGAAUAGGUGGAAUGAUCCCCACCUAGGAUUUCUUGGGGUACAGGAAACUUCCAGAGGUAAUAAAACCAAAGUAGUAAAAAAUAGGGUAAAAAGCAGAAUAAUAAAAGGCCAGGAUAAAGUAAAAAAUGUGUAUAUAAAAAAAGGAUAAUUGGCACAAACAAAUGACCCAAAAAUUUUAAUUCAAAAAUACACUAUAUAAAAUUUCCAUAAAACCCAAUGGACUUUAUUCCAUUUGAUAAAGUCUGUUGACGAAAUGCGUUAUUGCACUAUUGGUUGUUCCUCUUUUUUAUCUUUCAUAUAAGUGGAACCAUAUAAACAUCUGAAGACCUUGGCCCUGUACUCAGCACUUUAAGAUGACAGUGAGAAUACUUAAGUUGGACUUUCUCUUAUAUUUGCUUUCAUUAUUGGAAUUGGACAUUGUUUAUUUAUUCACUAUUUAUUGUGGCGCAGCCCUUGAUUUUUUUUUAUUUAUUAGGAAUACAAACCUGAAUUCCUAAUGCUAUGGUGUUCCUGUCCCUAGUUCUAUAUAGGUUCCUACCCACUAUGUACAACAAUACUUAAUUAAAUUAAAGGUUUAUAUACCUUUUUCCAGUACCGAGGCAUUCCUCGGUGCGGCUUACCUCUCCAUCUAUAAAGAUGUCAUGGAAGGGACAUGACGUCCUCCACGAUGGUCCAACACAAUGCUCCUCAUAGAAUAUAGGAUAAUAUAAAUUAAGAGGAAUAAGUUUGUGUACUUUUACUACACAAUUUACCCCUGAAUAAAAUGGUAAUAUCCGAUUAUCAAACCAUUAGCAAACUAAAGCAUAGCUAAACAUUUUUUUUUAAUACCAAGUGAAUAUGUGUACAAUCCAAUGUAAACUUCAAAACUGAAACUUUUUUUAUCUUGUCACAAACAUAAUUUGCAAAGAUCGAUGUUAAUAACCAUUUGAUGAGAUAUUUCAAAUUGGCACAUAAGUGCUAGAAGGCACCUAGAUGGCGUACCGGGUGGAGACUUACAGUAGGGAAAAUCAGUUACCUUAGCUAAUCCAAUCCAAUGAAAAACUUCGACCGACACUUUUUUAACUUCUUCGUCCACAAAGUUACAGGUGGCAAAAGAAGAAAAAACUGCAUCUCAUACAUAAUCUUAAAAGGUCAUUCACUAAAGUAAAAAUCUAAAGGCAAUUUAAAAGGCCAAAAUAGCCAAACUGUAAGCAUUGCUGGCUUAGAGAAUUAUUCUCGUUUUACAAAGUAUACCUUCACUUUAAAUGAUCUGUUUGGUGAAUAAGACUGAUAGUGAUUAAGUGUGAGAUGCUCGCAUGCAAAAUGUGAGAUGGAAAAGUUUCUGUCUUUGCUCAUUUUAACUUUGCGGCUGCAUGUCGAAGAAGUAAUUCUUAUUUUAUUAUUUAUAAAGCCCCAGCAAGUUCCGUAUCACUCUACAGUGGGUGGACUAACAGACACGUAUUUGUAACCAGACAAGUUUGACGCACAGGAACAGAGGGAUUGAGGGCCCUGCUCAAUGAGCUUCCAUGCUAGAGGGAGUGGGGUGUAGUGACAGAAAAGGUAAGUAUAGAGUAGAAAAGUAGGUUGCUAGAAUAGUAUUCACUGAGGGUUAGUGUUUUGUUUUGAUGACAGUUACAGGAGAGGAAUCAGGGUGCUGGGAAGAAAAAGCAGUUAACAGUUUAAUUGAUAUGCUUUCAUAAAGAAGUAAGUUUUCAAAGAUUUUUUGAAGGAGUGGAGGCUGGGUGAAAGUCUAAUGGAGAGGGGAAGGGUGUUCCAUAAGAACGGUGCAGCCCUAGAGAAGUCUUUAAGGCGAGCAUCAGAGGUAGGAGUACGAAUAGAGGUUAGACGGAGGUAUCGGGCAGAGCAUAGAGGCCUAGAAGAGACAUAUUUGUGUACUAAUUAACGGUGAAAAUGCACCUAACUUAGUAAAAUUGCCCUUGAAGUUGUUAUUCAACUCAGAAAACACAUACUGCGCAGCCCUGGUAAAGAAUGUUUGCAAAAUUACAAUUCUUUUUUUUUUUUUUUCUUAUCUGAACAGGUUCACCACGUUUAAAAACAUAACCAUCUGUGCAGAUCCCAACCAAAAAUGGGUUAAAAAGGCUAUUGAAACACUGGACAAGAAAGCCGAGCCACAAACUGCAAAGAAAGUGGAAACUGGAAAGAAAAAGAGAAAAAACAAGCCACAGAAAUAA